ACGCAGCGUCCCCGGCGCGGCUAAAGCCCGGGAGCCUCGCCAGCUCCGAAAGGGCGCGGGACUCUCGCCGCACUGCAUUAUGGAAUACAUAGUCUGAGAAAACGUCUUCGGGCCAAAGUACCCACGAAGCUCACAUGUUUACCUUGUGCAUUGGCGGCAGGGCGGUGGGGGGAGGGGGUCAAUAAAGAGUAGCUACCAGAUUUCGUCAUAAAACCGCGACCAGACAGGCGGCGCCAUCUUCGAACUUGGACUUCCGGAAGGACUUUGGUGAGGGGGCAGCCAUUUUAGGGGGUGCUGAUGGAUACCUGCGGGGUCGGCUGUGUUGCCCUGGGGGAGGCCGGCCCCGUGGGGAACAUGACUGUGGUAGUGUCUCCGGGACAAGAGGUGCUAAAUCAGCUUGAUGUCAAGGCCUCUUCAGAAACUAGUGCCGAGGCUUCCAUAGAGAUGUCUUUGCCUCCACCUUUGCCUGGAUUUGAGGAUUCUCUUGACGAGAGGAGGCUCCCUGCAGAACAAGAAAGCCUCUCCAGACUCGAACAGCAAGAUCUUUCUUCACAGAUGUCAAAGGUCUCAAAGCCUAGGGCCUCAAAGCCUGGCCGGAAGAGAGGUGGUAGCACACGGAAAGGCCCCAAAAGGCCCCAACAGCCUAAUCCUCCAUCAGCCCCUCUGGUUCCUGGUCUCUUAGAUCAAUCCAACCCUCUAUCCGCCCCCAUGCCUAAGAAACGAGGUCGAAGGUCCAAGGCAGAGCUGCUACUGCUGAAGUUGUCCAAAGACCUUGAUCAGCCAGAGUCUCCACCUCCAAAGAGGCCCCCUGAGGACUUUGAGACCCCUCCUGGGGAACGACCCCGCCGAAGGGCUGCCCAAGUGGCACUUCUGUACCUUCAGGAACUGGCUGAAGAGCUUUCAACGGCCCUGCCCGCUCCAGUGCCCUGUCCUGAGAGCCCCAAGGUGAGCAGCCCCGCCAAAGCGAAGAAAAACCGGCAGCAGGCAGCCUGUCAAGGUGGAGAGGAGGAUGACGCCGCACGGGAUGAAGACUUUGUUCUCCAGGUUGAGGCUGAAGAUGGAGAUGAAAGCGAGGGCCCAAGCGAGAGCUCCUCUGACCCUGAGCCUGUGGUGCCUCAAAGCACCCCACGAGGAUCCACUUCAGGGAAGCAGAAGCCACACUGCCGGGGAAUGGCUCCCAAUGGCUUACCAAAUCACAUCAUGGCUCCUGUUUGGAAGUGCCUCCAUCUCACCAAGGACCUCCGAGAGCAGAAGCAUUCAUACUGGGAGUUUGCAGAAUGGAUUCCAUUGGCCUGGAAGUGGCACUUGUUAUCUGAACUUGAAGCGGCUCCCUACCUGCCCCAGGAAGAGAAGUCUCCACUGUUUUCUGUCCAGCGGGAAGGACUUCCUGAGGAUGGCACACUCUACCGAAUAAACAGAUUUAGCUCGAUCACAGCACACCCAGAGCGCUGGGAUGUGUCCUUCUUCACGGGGGGGCCCCUCUGGGCUCUGGACUGGUGUCCGGUGCCAGAGGGGGCAGCAGCUUCGCAGUAUGUGGCCCUUUUCUCCAGCCCUGACAUGAAUGAGACACACCCACUGAGCCAGCUUCAUUCGGGUCCUGGGCUGCUCCAAGUCUGGGGCCUUGGGACCUUGCAACAGGAAAGCUGUCCUGGCAACAGGGCUCACUUUGUCUAUGGGAUUGCUUGUGACCACGGCUGUAUCUGGGACCUCAAGUUCUGCCCCAGUGGAGCAUGGGAACUUCCAGGCACUCCUCGGAAGGCUCCUCUCCUGCCCAGGUUGGGCCUCUUGGCUCUUGCCUGCUCCGACGGGAAGGUGCUGCUGUUCAGUCUGCCCCAUCCGGAGGCCCUGCUGGCUCAGCAGUCCCCAGAUGCAAUGAAGCCCGCCAUCUAUAAGGUACAAUGUGUGGCAACCCUUCAGGUAGGGUCUAUGCAAGCUUCGGACCCCUCUGAGUGCGGUCAGUGCCUUAGCCUGGCCUGGAUGCCCACCCGGCCCCACCACCACCUGGCUGCUGGCUAUUAUAAUGGCAUGGUGGUUUUCUGGAACCUUCCCACUAACUCACCCCUGCAGCGGAUACGGCUCUCUGACGGCUCCUUGAAGCUCUACCCCUUCCAGUGUUUCCUAGCCCAUGACCAGGCUGUGCGUACCCUUCAGUGGUGCAAAGCGAACAGUCAUUUCCUCGUCUCUGCGGGAAGUGACCGCAAAAUAAAAUUCUGGGACCUUCGACGACCGUAUGAACCCAUAAACUCUAUCAAGCGCUUCUUGAGUACAGAGCUGGCCUGGCUGCUCCCCUACAAUGGUGUCACUGUGGCUCAGGACAACUGCUAUGCCUCUUAUGGACUCUGUGGGAUUCAUUAUAUUGAUGCUGGUUACCUUGGUUUCAAGGCCUAUUUCACUGCUCCUCGAAAAGGCACUGUCUGGAGUCUUUCAGGAUCCGACUGGCUUGGGACAAUAGCCGCAGGAGAUAUAUCCGGGGAGCUCAUUGCAGCCAUAUUGCCUGAUAUGGCACUGAACCCAAUAAACGUCAAGCGACCUGUAGAGAGAAGAUUCCCUAUAUAUAAAGCAGAUCUGAUGCCGUAUCAGGACAGCCCUGAAGGUCGAGACCAUUCUUCUACUUCAUCUGAGGCCCCCAACCCUCCCAAAGCUCGAACUUACGCUGAAACUGUCAACCAUCACUACUUGCUCUUUCAAGACACAGAUUUGGGUUCCUUCCAUGAUCUCCUCCACAGGGAGCCAAUGCUGCGCAUGCAGGAAGGAGAGGGGCAUUCGCAGCUCUGCCUGGACAGGCUGCAGCUAGAGGCUAUUCACAAGGUCCGCUUCAGCCCAAACCUGGAUUCCUAUGGAUGGCUGGUAUCUGGGGGACAGUCUGGGCUGGUUCGGAUCCAUUUUGUCCGUGGACUCACCUCACCCCUGGGCCACCGUAUGCAGCUUGAGAGUCGAGCCCACUUCAGUGCUAUGUUCCAGCCGUCCUCCCCAAUUAAAGGGCCUGGCUUCCCUCCAACCAGCCAUCGCCUUCUGCCCGGUCCCUAGUCAUGGUCCACACAGGACCUUUGGAAUGAAAUCUGCCAGGAACAAAUGGCCCCCCAUGCACAAUGCCAUAGGAACUGGGGUCUUCAUGGAUAGUGAUGCUGCCAGACCUGGACCUUUAGAUCUGCCUUGCCAGGACUCCUUAGAUACCUCUCCUUCCACAGACUUCUGUCAUCACAGCCCCCUGCGGGCGGGGGGGCUAUCCCUCCACAAACUCUCAAGGCUCCUCAGCCUACAGCUAUGGCUCAUGAGUAACACUCAGGCCUGACCUAGGCUUGGAAGUCAAAUUGCUCAUAUUGAGCAUAUUGUGAAGUGGGUAAAGCUAAGUAAAGGUACUGGGUGUUUUUGAGACCACACGUGAGGUGGGUGUUUGGAGAACUGGAGAGGGUAUCCACAUGAAGGCUCCUGUGUGACUAUAUUCCAGGAUCCAGUAUUACUGCCUUCUCAACUUCCUCUUUAGAGUAACCAACACACAGGCCCAGGAGGGGUGAUAGUAAUUUAUUGGACUGAAGCUGCUUAUAGUACUUCUUUAACUGAGGAACAUCACAAACACCCUACCAGGAGAACGGUGGCUCAGAUCUUACUUGCUCCUGCUUAUGAAAUAUUCCCAAUCACUGGUCGUCUGACCCUACUUGAACACUCCUAGGCAGUCAUGUUUUAAAAAAUCUUCCUUUAUAUCAAGUCAAAGAGUAUACUUCUAUAAAUUUCUCCAUGGGUAUUAGGAAAUCUAGUCAUUUUUCCCUGUGAUUGCCUUUUUGAGUAUAUUUAAAAAUAGCUAUCAUGUGUUUCCCAAGUCUUUUCUUCUGUAGAUUAAAUAUCUUCAGUUACUUUAACCAUUCUUUACACGUCAUGAUUUUUGGUCCCUCAUGAUACUGUCACAUUGUUGACUUAUUAAACAUGUCUAGCUACUUUA